GCACCGCCCCCUGCGCUGCUGUCCGCUCUCGGGCCCGCGGCCGAGGGCGCGCGCCGCCUGCACAAGUCGCCGUCGCUGUCGUCGUCCUCGUCGUCCUCGUCCAAUGCGGAGUCGGGCACCGAGAGCCCCGGCUGCUCGUCGUCGUCGUCCAGCGGCGCCUCGAUCUGCCGCGCGGGGGGCGGCGGCGGCGGCGGCGGCGCCUUCUUCAGCUUCGCCGAUGGCGCCCCCGGGCCGCGCGCCCUCGCGCCCGCAGGCUCCCCGCCGACGCCCCCGCCGCAGCACCAGUUCCACCCGGGCCGCCGGAAACGCGAGAACAAGGCCAGCACCUACGGCCUCAACUACCUGCUGUCCGGCAGCCGCGCCGCCGCUCUGGACGGCGGAGGCCCCGGGACCCAGGCGCCGCGGCCCGGCACGCCGUGGAAGAGCCGCGCGUACAGCCCGGGCAUCCAGGGACUUCACGAGGAGAUCAUUGACUUUUAUAACUUCAUGUCCCCUCGUCCUGAGGAAGCAGCCAUGAGAAGAGAGGUGGUGCAGCGGAUCGAGACUGUGGUGAAGGACCUGUGGCCCACGGCGGACGUGCAGAUAUUUGGCAGCUUUAGCACAGGUCUCUAUCUUCCAACCAGUGACAUAGACCUGGUGGUCUUUGGAGAGUGGGAGCGCCCCCCUCUGCAGCUGUUGGAGCAAGCCCUGCGGAAGCACAGUGUGGCAGAGCCGUGUUCCAUCAAAGUCCUCGACAAAGCCACAGUGCCGAUAAUCAAGCUCACAGACCAGGAGACUGAAGUUAAAGUGGACAUCAGCUUUAACAUGGAGACUGGUGUCCGGGCAGCAGAGUUCAUCAAAAAUUACAUGAAGGAGUACUCAUUGCUGCCUUACUUGAUUUUAGUAUUGAAACAGUUCCUUCUGCAGAGGGAUCUGAAUGAGGUUUUUACAGGUGGGAUUAGCUCAUACAGCCUCAUCUUAAUGGCCAUCAGCUUUCUACAGUUGCAUCCAAGAAUUGAUGCCCGGAGAGCGGAUGAAAACCUUGGAAUGCUUCUCGUAGAAUUUUUUGAACUGUAUGGAAGAAAUUUUAAUUACUUGAAAACUGGUAUUAGAAUAAAAGAAGGAGGUGCCUACAUUGCCAAAGAAGAGAUCAUGAAAGCCAUGACCAGCGGGUACAGGCCGUCCAUGCUGUGCAUCGAGGACCCACUGCUGCCUGGAAAUGAUGUUGGCCGGAGCUCCUAUGGGGCCAUGCAGGUGAAGCAGGUGUUUGACUAUGCCUACAUUGUCCUCAGCCACGCUGUGUCGCCUCUGGCCAGGUCCUACCCCAACAGAGACUCAGAAAGUACUUUAGGGAGAAUCAUCAAGGUAACUCAGGAAGUGAUCGACUACCGGAGGUGGAUCAAAGAGAAGUGGGGCAGCAGAGUCCACCCGCUGCCAGACCUGGACAACAGGAUCAAGAUGAAAGAGCGACUCUCCAUGUGCAACGGGGAGCAGACGCCGGGCCGGGAGCCCAGGUCACCCUACAGCCCACGCCUGGCCUUGUCCCUGUGCAGUCCGCAGCCCCUCUCUUCCGGCUCCUCUGCUUCCUCUGUGUCCUCCCUGUCCGGAAGUGACGUCGACUCAGACACCCCGCCCUGCACCACGCCCAGCGUCUACCAGUUCAGCUUGCAGGCGCCCGCGGCGCUCGUGGGCAGCUUGCCCGCUGCCCUGCCCAUGCCCAGCGCCAAGCCUCAGGCCACUCCCUCCCGGACGCUGAUCAUGACGCCCAACAACCAGCAGCACAACGGCAUGAAGCUGUCCAUGAAAGGUUCGCAUGGCCACGCCCAGGGAGGUGGCUACGGCUCGGUGGGCAGCGGCGGCGUGCGGCCCCCCAUGGGCAACCGGGGCCACCACCAGUACAACCGCACCGGCUGGCGGAGGAAAAAGCACACACACACGAGGGACAGCCUGCCAGUGAGUCUGAGCAGAUAGUGGCCGGGCCGCACCCGGACUGCCCUGGCCUCGGCGGAGCACCCUCCAGCACCUGAGCCUCGGCCCCGCGCCUGCUGCUCUCUGCGUGGCCGUGGGUGGCGGCCGCUCCUGUGCCGCCUGCAGCCUUAGGCCAUGGACGGGCUCUGCCCCCGGAGCCGCUGACAGGAGCUCACCGUACAGUGCGCACAGCAGCCCGGCUGCCUGGCGGGUGGGAGCUUCCAUUUCCUGUCAUCAGAAUGAUGCGAUCCAGGCUGUCCCCACCCCUCCCGGCUGUAGGGCUGGGGGCCGGCGUGUUACUGCCCUUGCGUUUUGUUUGAGACUUCAGAACUGUUUUUCUAUGUAAAUAUCGAAAACUUAUGACUUGUGCAAUAAUCAGAUAUUUUUUAUUUAAUUUCGUAUUUUCACAUAAGUUAUAUUUAAGGGAGGAGGAAGUUUUUUUUAAACAAGUUUAGAUCCUUUCCCCAGUUGCAUUUUCUAGGUUGGGUUCACUGUGUUGGCUGGUGUUGGAUAAGCAUCAUCAUGAGCACCGCGACGGGAGGGUUUGGGGUUCAUUUGCUGUCUUUUCUUUUGGUCAGAGGCUCUGUGGUUCAUCAGGUCUGGGGACUCUGAUCCCGCGCCCUGGCCCUGCCCUGGGCUGCGGACCAUUGGCUGCCCUGACCAUGAGUUCUAACGUUUGGGUUUUGGUUCCUUUAAACUUGACAACAAAUCUAGCAUUUAAAGUGCCAGAAGUAUAAUUUUCUAGGGGGAAGAGGUGGUCAUGUGAGAAAAUCCCGAAAGCAGUGUGGCCCUGGAGUGCCUGCCAGGCUCGUGGCGUGGCCCAGGAUGACGGCCUGGGGACACGGCAGACAGUGGCACCCCGGUUGGGAGUGUGGAGAAAGGAAAUCCGUUGAUUCCGCUGAGGGAUCUGCAUAGAAGCAUGCAUUCGUUCUGUUAAGAGCAAAUGCCGGAGAAGCAUCUCUGCCCGCGGCGCCCUGGCUGUGCUUCCGAGGGUCCCGGAGGGCAUGGCCGGCUGCGCAGAGCCUGUGUACAGGUGUGGGGCACAAGUGUGCUCGGCCGCCCUGUCUGCUCUCCCUCCACCUUUUUUUGAUCCAGAAUACAUCCACCCGCCCAGCCUGAGUUUUCCAGCGCUGCGGCUGCACGGGGAGUCGCUGCACCUUGCAGGCCCCUGCCUCCCUGCCUCUCCAGGGCUUCUGGGCCUGCUCCACACUACGGAAGCCCGCCUGAGGGCAUGUCCAGACGGGAGGCUCGUCAGCGCCGCCUCUGACCCGUGGGCAGCUGUGGCGAGUCCCAGCCGAUGUCUGCGGGCGAGGGACACGGCGGGCGCGAGCUCUGGCACCCAGUCUGCUCCUAGAAGUGAGACCAGCCCUGUGGCCAGCACUGUGGACUUCGCGCGGGCGUGGGACGUCCAGAGCAUUGUGGCACAGGUGUCUGCAGUCGCAGCGAUUGGAAUCACCUGAAAUAUUUAAAAAUAUUUAAAUUAUGAACCUGUUGAUAAAGAGUAUUUAUAAACAGCGAUCCGUAGGCACUCACUGAUCUGUGCGCGUUAGCAAUACUGACUAAACCUACACCAAGGGAACCACCGAGGGCUGGCGGCGCCAUAGGCACGAGGUCGGUGCCCGUCGCCCCGUCGCGGUGGACGGAUGAAUUGGCCUGGCUGCCACGGGGUCGUGCACUGUAGGUUUAACAGAGACCAUGUCUAGAUUUUUUGGUGUGCAGACAACAAUGUGGAAGCUAAAAUUGACAUAUUUUUAUGUAAAGUUUUUCUAUUCUUUAAUUUUUAAUAAACUUUGGAAAGUA